AGCGAUCCAUUGGGCAGAUGAAGCAGAGUUCAUGUUUCUUGUCCUCGUCAUAUGAAGGGAAUGUGUGGUCAGCAUUUUUAAACGGAAAAACAUCUCAAAUGAAAAUACAUUGUUUUCUAGGAUGUCGCUUCAGUGUAAAUAUUUUCUCUGACAGGAGUGUUUGCUGAAGCAUCAGAAAUAUUUCUUUUCAAAAUGUUAUCUACGAAAAAGUGCACAUGUUUUACAGUGUUGUUAUUGGGUUUCCUGUUUAUCUCAGUGGAAUCAGGAUCUCUGAUUCAGUAUUUCACUGUGGAUGGUCAGAGCCAAGAGGUCAGUGCUGCGGUCAAUGACCAGCUGACAUUUAAAGCCCAGAAAGUGGAGGGUGUGUCUAACCCUAGGUGGGAAAUAAUAGGCAGAAAUAAAGAUACCAGACUUAUUUUCGGUGGCCUUGUUGUUUAUGCAACAACAAUCAGCAUCAACCGAACAGCAACAUGUGCCUACAACGACAUCUUUGACUGUACCGCCACACUGGGAGGACAAACUGAGACACUGAGUGUUAGGGUUAACGUUUAUAAUUGCUCGGCUGAAACACCAGAGCAGGCUCCAACCGUGUCUGUGUACAACACCCGUGUGUUUGAUGGACAAACAGUACAGCUGAAGGCGUAUCACUCAAAGGUGGAUAUCACGUGGGAGGUGGAGGGUGGAGAGGCCAGCGUGACAAACGUCACGUUAGAGUGUGGCAGUUUGGGCCAGACAACCAACGGAUCACGUGGGACGUAUAGAGCGUCAUACACGUCAUUCACGUCAUCCCAAAGCAGACGUCGGUGUCGGUGUGUGUGUACAGCCAACCACGUGACUGGUGUAUCCAAGACCACGACGUUUUACCUCAAGCGAGACCCUACACCAGAAAUUGUGAAGUUCACAGCCAAUGGCGAGCGUUCUUUACUUAAGGUCAGCAAAAACCAACCAAUCAAGUUUGUCUGUAGUGUCGUAGAUUACCUCUACGACGCAGACUGUACGUUGAAAGCAGUAACCUCAGGCACAAUACUGAACAGCGGACCCUGUUUUCGAACACACAAAGGAUUCGUCACAGAUAUACCAGCAGUGGGAGGGUGUAGGGUGAGCGAGAAAUACGAGUGUACAGCGACACGGCGCGGCCUGUUGAGUGACAGUAAGACACUACAGGUGGACAUAGUGUGUAAUACAGGUAAUACAGGUGUACUUUCUGUGGCCUGGAAUGUCCUGUUGACAUUUCUGGUCCUGUGUAGGGUAGUCAUGGUCUAGUCUUAAGCCAGAGUCCGCCAUCUUGUAAUGUUAUCCGUAUGUUGGAUAAAGAAUUUUUUAGGAAUUAAUGUAACACAUGUGCUACUAAAAAUUAAUCCAUGGAAAAUAUAUAGUACAUCUAUUAUUGUAAUACGAUGCUGCAGAUUUUUUUCUAAAUAUAAACGUUCUCUUAUUUAAUACAUUUCUAUUUUGACACACAACUCUGUUAAAAUUACAUAAAAAAUAUAUUAGUCAUUUCUAUUUCUAAGCUAUUACGCUAAAAUAGCUUAAAAUGGUUUAUCUAAUGGCUGUGUACAUUAUAUAACUGAGUAUGUGUUUGUGGAUAAAUGUACUAGUACCGGAAGAAAUUAAUGUAAAUUAUUUAGCACUUAACACAUUACUAAAUUUUUUUUUUUAAUUUGUAAUGUAAAUCAUAAACCUGUUGAUUUAUCUGUACGAGAUUAUUAAAAAAUCGAACAAAAAUUAACAGGUUAUUUUUCAAGUUUUUAACCAUUUUUUUUUCAGGUAAUAAUUAAUUUAAUUCACCGUAAUAAAUUAACAAAGAGCAAGUUAUCCUAAAGUAUAUGUCAAUAAAAAAUAUUUCCUCUGACAGACAUAACUAGAAAACUGCUAGACUGCACUUUAUAGGACUAGUUCUCUUGCAUUCCCUGAAGCGAAAAGAAACAUUAUGUUUUCCGACAUAUCGAAACUUUUAAUUGAAUGUGAUAUGCUAAUCAUCAUAGGCAAAAUAUAUUAUAAACUAAUGGUUUGAUUGGUGGAGAAUUGACGCGG